AUGACGAUGCUCCAAGUGCAGCUGAGUGCCAACUACAAGAGAUACAGAGGAAUGGCUCAUGGAAUCAUGUAUGCCGGUGCCACACUGUCUUCGUUUGUCAUCCCGCCGUUGCUACUCUUUUUGCUUAGACACUACGACUUUCAAAGUACACUGCUAUUGUUUGGAGGCGUCCUGCUUCACACCUUUCCAAUCAGUCUCAUUUUGAAUAUCCAGCAGAAGAACAAUCGUGAGUUACAGUGUAAGCAGCAAGGGGCAAAAUGUGACGAGUUGCACAUUCCCAACAAUAACAUGUGUGAGGAAAUUCCAAGCAACCAUGAAGCGUUAACCGUACAGGGAACUUCCCUACUGAAAGUUGUUUCAGAACUGCUACGUCUCCCGACUUAUUACACUAUUGUCAUCUCGUGGCUAGUCAUGUGCUACAAUGUCGACAUUUUUGCGGCGACGAUCGUCGACUUUGCUACCGACAGGGGAGCUUCGAAACCUGACGCGGUCUAUCUGCUCUCCUACAUGGCCAUUCCAGACCUUCUCGGGCGCCUCUUUUUGCCCCUUCUUGCAGACCAAGAGUACUUGCGUCGAAGCACACUAGUUGCCUGCAACUUUUUUUUCAUGGGAAUGGCCGUCCUGAUAUUGCCCGAUGUGAGUUCGUAUGUUAGUCUGGUGACUGCAACUCUGGCAAUUUCCUGUUUCUUGGGAACUGCGUUGACCAUGCACGGUGUUGUGAUGGCGGACAAUGUUGGCUUGAAAAGGCUGCCGGUAAGCUACGGCCUCACUGGUGCUUUGUGUGGACCUCUGCUUUUCGCCAAACCUUUUUUUAUUGGUAAGUAA